GGCCGGAGCCGGAGCCGGAGCCGGAUCCGGAUCCGCAGCCGCAGCGGCCGCCGCGGCCAGACAUGGCCGAGACGUACGAUUUCCUCUUCAAGUUCCUGGUGAUCGGCAGCGCCGGCACCGGCAAGUCAUGCCUCCUCCACCAGUUCAUCGAGAACAAGUUCAAACAGGAUUCCAAUCACACCAUUGGAGUGGAGUUUGGCUCCAGGGUCGUGAAUGUGGGUGGAAAGACCGUGAAGCUGCAGAUCUGGGACACAGCAGGCCAGGAGCGGUUCAGGUCAGUGACAAGAAGUUACUAUCGGGGAGCAGCAGGAGCAUUGCUAGUCUAUGAUAUUACCAGCCGAGAAACCUACAAUUCCCUGACUAACUGGCUCACGGAUGCCCGGACACUGGCCAGCCCCAACAUCGUGGUCAUCCUGUGUGGGAACAAGAAGGAUUUGGACUCAGAGCGUGAGGUCACCUUCCUGGAGGCCUCCCGAUUUGCCCAGGAGAAUGAGCUGAUGUUCCUGGAGACCAGCGCCUUAACGGGCGAGAAUGUAGAAGAAGCUUUUCUCAAGUGUGCCCGAACCAUCUUGAACAAGAUCGACUCUGGUGAGCUGGACCCAGAGAGGAUGGGUUCAGGCAUCCAGUAUGGCGAUGCCUCCUUACGUCAGCUGCGCCAGCCCCGGGGUACUCAGGCCCAGAGCAGACAGCAGUGUGGCUGUUGACUUUCCUCUUUCCCUCUGGAGUUGGACAUCUGCCUCCAUUCCAGGAUGCCAGAGAGAAGCCAUGGAUUGGGGACCUGGGGACCAGUUGUGUCCAACACCUUUUCCCUAUUCUGUUCCCUUUGCCUGGUCUGGUCCAUGGCCCUUCCUGCCCCCUCCCAUCCUGCCCCAAUUUCUCUGAGAGGGCAUUAGGCAUAGAGCUGCCCCCCUGUAUUCCAGGGGGGAUGGGGAAGGACCCCUGUCUGAGCCACUGAGGGUGGAGCUGGGGGGGGGGAACUCCCCCAUGUACAACCCUGAGCCUUGGAGUGGCCGUAUGUGACUUGUCACCAACCUUAUUUCCCUUUCCAUUAUCCCAAACUCUGGGACCAGGGGCUUGAGCCUCCCACCAGUCUCAACACUCCCAGAAUUCCCAGGGCCCUGCUGACCCUUGUAAAUGGUAUUUAUUAGACUCGGGGUGGGGUGGGGCAUUAAGGUGGGGAGGGGACCAUGACGUCUGUUUCCAUGUACACACGCACACACGCACACACACUAUAUAUAGAGAUAUAUAAAAUGAUGGUUUUUUUUU